CCUAGCCGGGCCAUGAAAGAGAGCUCAGAGCUGCGCCGUUGCUUCUGACGCCGCCGCCGCCGCUACAACACAACCGCCUUCGCGUUAUAAGUUACAUGCGUUCGCUGCAGUGCACAAUUCGAUCGAAUAUACAGUGCGCGAGUGCGAGAGUUACAUAUGAGUGUGUGACAGUGCUACGACAACAAUUAAUAAUAAUAUAACGCAAGAAGUUAAAUAUUGCAAAUUGAUACAAAAGUGUCGAUAGUUCGUAGGGGCUUGACAGCGAUUCUCGACCUCUCUCUGCCCGUUGCACACCUUCAUAUCAGCAGCAGCAGCAGGAGUGGUAGUGUGUAUACAAGCCAGAGCCUUCUCGAAAGGGCAGCAACAAUUACUCGCUCUUGGUGGAAUAUCAAAAAGAGAAAGGACCCUCUCUGGUCCCGCGGAGAGGAGCAGAGGAGCUGCUGCUACCUUUUCUCUCGGCUGCACAUUCGCUUGCACACACGUAGUGUAUAGAGAUUGCAACUAUACGCGGAUUCUUCGUUUUGUUUUUUUUCUAUAAUAAUUUAUUGUACAGUGUUAGUGUAUGUUGCAUUCAUUUUGACGAAUGAGACUCAUCGUAAGUUCGCGAGAUUCAUUGCCGACUUUACAUGCGUCUCGGUACGAGAACAAGAAGAAGAAGAAGUAGAAGCAGAAGAACAGAAAGUCUGCUGCGCGUUGUGUGCCGUACUGUGCCACGAGAUCUUUAAUAUACAGUCUCGAGCUUAGCGAGACUCUGAAGAAAGAAUAAUAUAAACGCAAAUCAGCCGCCAAGAUGCUGAAGCUAUUCGGAGGACUGAAGGAAUACCUGAAGACGGCCGACGUCAGCACGGACUCGAUGGUCUUCAGGCUGCACAAUCACUUCACCUCGGUGCUGCUGAUGUGCUGCUCGGUCGUCAUCACCGCCACCCAGUUCGUCGGCAAUCCGAUCUCGUGCAUCGUGCCGUCGGCCCUGCCCAGCCAGCCGAUCAACACCUACUGCUGGAUCACCUCGACUUUCACCAUGCCGGACGCCUUCAAUCGUCAGGUCGGAGUGGAGGUGGCCCACCCGGGUAUAGCCAACGACUUCGGCGAAGUCGAGGCCAGGAAGUACUACACUUACUACCAAUGGGUCUGCUUCGUGCUCUUUUUCCAAGCGAUGUGCUGCUACCUGCCGCACUGGCUCUGGAGCAUCUGGGAGGGCGGCCUGAUCCAGCGUCUGGUUCUCGGACUGAGCCGUACCCUCGAGCACGAGGACUCGCUCAACAAGAAGAAGGCCGUGGUCAUGGAUUAUCUCAUCACUCACAUCAGAACUCACACGUCGUACGUAAUGCGUUACUUCGCCUGCGAGGCUCUCUGCCUGAUCAACAUCGUCCUGCAGAUGUACUUCAUGAAUCGCUUCUUCGACGGCGAGUUCCUCACCUACGGCCUCAGAGUGCUCAAUCUAUCGGACGUGCCGCAGGAGGAGCGAAUCGAUCCGAUGGUCUACAUAUUUCCGCGGGUCACCAAGUGCAUCUUCCACAAGUACGGCGCCUCGGGCACCAUACAGAAACACGACUCGCUCUGCGUACUGCCGCUCAACAUCGUUAACGAGAAGACCUACAUUUUUCUCUGGUUCUGGUACUUGAUACUGACGGUCAUGCUCGUCGGCCUGAUGAUCUAUCGACUGGCCAUUAUAUUCGCGCCGAGCAUCCGGCCGAAAAUUCUCGAGUGGUCGUCGAGGCAGAUCGAGUACGAGACCUGCCAGAGCAUCACGAAGAAAGUUAGCUUGGGCGACUGGUGGUUGCUGUACAAUCUGUCCUCGAACAUCGACUCGCUGGUGUAUCGGGAACUGCUGAUCGAGCUCACCAAGAAGAUGAGCGAGCACAUGGUGCCGCUGAAUUCCUAGGAUAGGCUCUUGGCUGCGGCCAGGCUGCGGGCGACCGAGAAACCCAAGCGGUAAAUACGCCGAAUCCGUGCGGUGUAUGAUAAAGUUUAUUAAAUAUACCAAUUGCGACGAAUCGAUUGCGACAGAAAAACAAAAAAAAUGAAAGGAAUUGAGAGAAAGCAAUGAUCGAAUGAACGUGUGUGCCAAAUUUUUGUAGGCAAAAAAAAAAAAAAAAAA